AUGCUCUCUAAAAACGACGGAACGCCAUCGCCGGCAAGGCCGUCGGAAAUCCAAGAUAUUUUGGAGCGAAGUACGAAGAAACCGGAAACAUCUACGGAGUCCCCGAUGGGAGACGCUCCAGAGAAGCAGGCCGGCGAGACUCUUGUUAACACUAGUGAAAGCACCACCACAGGGAACAAGCAAAUACUGGAGGAGAUUGAUCUAGUGUCAGAUGAUGAGGAGGAAGAUGGUGACACAGACGUCGAUGGGGGAUGUCCAGUUAUAAGAUUAACCAAGGAGGAGAAGGUGAGACUAAGAGCAAAGUGGAGACAAUCUUUAAUCGUGAAAGUAAUGGGGAGAAAUGUCGGCUACACCUAUCUCCUCAAAAGACUCACGGCUAUCUGGCAUCCGAAGGCACGAAUGGAGCUUGUAACCAUGGAAAAUGGUUAUUACCUUGCCAAGUUUGCUUUCGUGGACGAUUAUGAAUUCGUUAAAUACGGGGGUCCAUGGAUGGUUCUCGAUCACUAUUUGAUCAUCAAAGAAUGGAUCUCAAAUUUCGAUCCUUUUACAGACAAAACUGAAAGCAUGAUUGUUUGGGUUCGUUUCCCGUGUUUGCCAGUCGAAUAUUUUGAUUACAAUUUUCUGAUGAAAGUUGGGAAGAAGAUAGGCCGCCCAAUAAAUAUAGACACAGCAACCAGCCUGGUCUCACCGGCAAGUUUUGCUAGAAUCUGCGUGGAAGUGGACAUUACAAAACCACUGCUGUCUAAAUUUACGUUAAGAAGGAUAGUUCGACCGAUUGUGUACGAGGGAUUACACCUCAUAUGUUUCAAAUGUGGAGUCUACGGGCACAAUGCAAAUGGUUGUUCAAAAAAUCAAAAUGCUGACAGCAACGAGGAACAGAACAUGAAUCAGAACGGGGAGGGCAGGCCGCUGGCGACCACUAGAUGCAGAAGUGAGCACGACGGUAAUGAAAAAGGAAACGAGAGCCAUAGUAGGGAACCUACCUUGAUAAGGCCAGAGGUUACGGAAGAUUAUGGAUCAUGGGUAAUUGUAGUGAAACCGAGAAGAAAGUACUCUAAAAAUCAAGAAAGUAGAGAAUACAGAGGGCCUGUAAAUGCAAGAAACACCCAGCAUAAGGAAGGUAAACAGAUGAGUAUUGUGGAAACAUUCAAUAAGGGCUCUCGCUUUCAAGCGUUAAACGAGGAAGGUAAUGAGGGGCAGAAUAAUACGGAGACUGUUGAGGUGGAGAAUACUUGGGAGAACCAAAUUCAUGAAAAUGAUGUUAGCAUAAGGGACGACAAUGUGAAUAACCAAAAUAAAAGCCACUACUCGACCAAGGGGAAGAGACCGACCGUUCUAAUUAAUGAGAAGCAAAUCGAGGGGAAUAAUUUGCAUGGAAAGCACAAGGAAAUUCCUAUACAAACUAAGACAACUAAUGAGCGAUGUGAAGGCAGGAAAACAGGUAGGGGAAGGAACAUGGCUGCUGCGACUGAGGAACAUAUUGUGGUCCAUGGAAAUAAGCAAGGAGCCACGAGUGUUCUACGCGUCCAAAAUGACUUUUAUAACGAGGAGGCAACUAUUGACGCCCAAAACUUGUUGUUCACUGAACACCAUGGCGACCCCCCGUCAGGCAUCAAUACGGAAUCAACCACGGGGCAUUCCGACCACCGUUCAGGACUGAGAGAUAAGAGUAGUGAGGAGAUGGAGAUGGAAGCGGAGGCCUAG